AUGGAUCACAUGCAGCAGAAACACAUCAGCACAGACCCUUGUGGUCCCAAAGUGCAACAUGGACACUGUGCAUUCAUCGGAGGUGGUCCAGUUUUACCUCCACAGCUCGCGAUCCAGGAAUCACCUCCCAUCAGCCCAUUAGAGGUGCUCAAGAAACAGCCGGGAUUAAGCCCAGUUCAAGCUGCCGUUGCACCUUUGAAAGUGGCAGAGCAAAUGCAGUCAGGGCAUGCGAAGUCUGGGUCCACUCCAGCAACACUGGCCAGUAUAAGUCGGCCCAGACCGACUGCUCUUGGUACUAAAACUGCUCCCAAGCCGACCCGAAUCUCACUGGAACCCUCCAAGGAAAUAGAUUUGAUCCCAGUUUGCAUCCCAGGACCUCAGAGUGCCAACGUCUUGUCGCACUCCCCAACGCAGCCCUCCUUUACUUCCCACAGCCCUCAAGGUCCUCACAGCCCUCAGCCUUACCUGAGCCCCAGUGCCAGCCUCAGCCCCAAACCAGGCCUCAGUCCUCAGUCACAGAGAAGCCCUUCGCCUGGGAGCGCCACACAGAGCCAAGCGCAAUCUGAAAAGACAAGUGGGGAUAACAAUGACUUCAGGGUGUACAUCGUCACAUGGAACGUGGGCUCAGCUGUCCCACCAGAUGACAUCACUUCUCUGUUUGGACCAAAUGUUUCAGAUGGGAGCGUUGACAUGUUUAUCAUCGGACUCCAGGAAGUCAACUCCAUGAUAAACAAGCGGCUGAAGGAUGUUCUUUUCUCGGACCAGUGGACCGAGCUUUGCAUGGACACUCUCAGUCCCUUUGGAUAUGUUUUGGUGGCGUCCCAGCGAAUGCAGGGGGUACUGCUUCUGGUCUUCUCUAAAUUCUGCCAUCUUCCAUUCCUCAGAGGUGUGCAGAGAGAGAGUACACGCACAGGACUUGGGGGAUAUUGGGGGAACAAAGGCGGUGUCAGUGCAAGGAUGACGAUAUAUGGCCACCCGGUGUGCUUCCUCAACUGUCACUUGCCGGCUCACAUGAGGAACCUGGAGCAACGGAUGGAGGACUUUGAAACUAUCCUGCAGCAGCAGCAGUUUGAAGGAGGGACUGCCACUGGUGUACUGGACCAUGAUGUCGUGUUUUGGUUUGGGGAUUUGAAUUUCCGCAUCGAAGACUAUGAUAUCCAUGUGGUGAAAUGUGCCAUCGACAGCAAUAAGCUGCCUCUGCUGUGGGAGCGAGAUCAGCUCAACAUAGCUAAAAACACAGAGUCCAUCCUGGAGGGCUUCAUGGAGGGACCAUUAAAAUUCCCACCUACUUAUAAGUUUGAUGUGGGCACUCACACGUACGACACCAGUACUAAGAAGAGGAAGCCUGCCUGGACUGAUCGCAUCCUCUGGCGCCUUCGCCGUACUGGCUCCCCAGUUCCUACCCACAAUGCAGCACUGCAGCGGGGUCUCACCUCGUGGCUGGGUGGAGCAACUAAAGUGACGCAGCACACAUACCGAAGUCACAUGGGCUACACCAUCAGUGACCACAAACCUGUUUCUGCCCGAUUUACACUGCAUUUCCCAUUCAAGGUGGAUAUGCCGCUGGUUGAGCUGCAGGUAAACAAGGAGUGGUGCAAAGUCUCUGAUGCUACAGUCAGAUUCACUGUUGCAUGCACUUAUCAGCGCAGCUCCUGGGACUGGGUCGCGAUCUAUAAGGUUGGAUUCAGACAUCACAAAGACUACCAGGCGUACAUGUGGGCCAAGGGAGAGCACGUGACACAGGUGGCAUUUUCAGAGGAAGAUUUGCCAAGAGAUGAUUGUGAAUACAUCCUGGGUUACUACAGUAAUAAUAUGAAUAGCAUUGUUGGACUGUCAUCACCAAUUCAGAUCAAGAUUCCAGUCCACAGCCCCACCACGCGGCGCUCCGACAGCUCAGAUUUAAGCUCUGAAGAUGACAGCACCUUGGUUCUGCUGGCUCCAAACUCCCGCAGCCCGAGCCCUAAAACCGGCAAACACCACCAUUGCCACCGCCGUAGCCACAGCCCUGCCGUUCCGGCUCUUACAUCAAACCCCCUCCCGUCCCUGCAGGGCCUCAGCCUCUGUCCCCGCUCCAAAGAUGCCCAGACACGUAACCGCUCACCCUGCUCUGCUGCUAAGAAGGAGCGACUGGUCUCCCCUGAUGUUAUCCAAUCUCCCAACAUCAGCCCACUCAGUCCCAGAAGCCCUGUUUCCCCAGGUGGUGGCGUCACUGUACCGGAAGCCCUGAUCGCUGCCAUCUUAGGUGAACACAGACCAGCUCAGGUUAGCCCCACAGGGAUUAAACAGAUAGGAAAAGCAGAGGAAACAGACACUUCAUAG